AUGGUUGAAAGAAAACCAUGGAUGCGAUAUUCUAGGGCUAAAGAUGCAAUAUACUGUGCUUGUUGUACAAUUUUUGGAAAACGAGAAUCCAAAGCAAAAACAUUUCGCUUAUCCUCUCCCGUGACGGACUGGUCAAACUUGUCACACUUUGUAAAGAGACACCUACAGGAUGAUUCCCCUCACCAUGACUUUGUUGGACAAGGACAAGCUUUUCUUGAUGUAGCGAAUUUAAAAUCAAAGUCUAUAGCUUCUUCGCUUUCGUCCUUUCAUGAUGAAACUGUAGCAAAAAACCGUCAUAUUCUUUCAAAGAUAAUCGAUGUUAUAGUUCUUUGUGGGAAUCAGAAUUUGCCACUUCGCGGCCACGCUGAAGAGAAGAGUAAUUUUAAGGCAUCGUUGAAAACCAUUGCUAAAUCUGAUAAAGUCUUGGCCAAGCAUUUGGAAACUGCAACUUUAGUGAAAUACACGUCCCCCGAGAUUCAGAAUGAGCUAAUUGAAAUAUGUGCUGAGCAACUUUUUAACCACCUCAAGGAUCUGUGUUAUAAAUUUCCUUUCCUGGCGAUCAUAGCAGAUGAAACCACCGAUAAGGCAACACAAACACAGCUCUCAGUUUGUACGAGGCAUUUAGAAACUGUAGAUACAGAUUUAAAUGCAAACGAAAUCUUUCUUGGAUUUUUGCAAGCUAAAAGUACAAAGGGAGAGGCCAUUGCUGAUUUACUCGUCGAUUUUAUGAAUGAAAAUGAUUUAGGUCUUGAAAAGCUGAGAGCCCAGGGUUAUGAUGGGGCUAGUCACAUGUCGGGUAGAAUAAAUGGAGUACAAGCACUCGUCAGAAACCAUGCACCCGAUGCCGUACAUGUACAUUGUAAGGCGCAUUGUUUGAACCUGGCGAUCGUACAUAGCUGUAAAGAGCCUAUAGUCAGGACCAUGAUGGCAACAGUCCAAGAAAUAGCAUUUGCUUUCGAUUACUCAGCAAAACGAUUAAAAUCGUUCUUGGAUGAACUCGACCGAAAUGAAGCUGCAAAAGAAGCUAUGGAGAAAAAAAACAAAACUGAGAAAACUUUGCGAAACGAGAUGGUUUAG